UUCCUUACGUGAGUUGGCAUCAACUGUCGGAAUUCAGAGCAGUAAUCUUUGACACGCCGGCAAAACUUUUUUCUCUCUGCAAUCCUUCUCUGAGAAGAGAAACCCAAGAAAAAACAUUGAGUAGAAGAUCGUCUGAAUCUGUAUAGCGACGUUGAGAGUUGGUUAAGAGUCGAAAAGGUACAAAAAGAGGGUAGCUCUGUUUGUGUGGGCUAGACUAACCGGAAGGAUUGUUAUUUUUGUUCUAGCAGUGCUUAAGCACUGAUUUUGAUUUGCAGAGGAGGAGUUCGGGAUUGGCAGUGAUUUGCAAAGUAAAUAUCGUCUGAAUCUAUAUAGUGACGUUCUGUUCUUUUCAGGCGAGAGUUGACUAAGAAUCGAAGAACUAUAAAAAGAGGUUGCUCUGUUUGUGCGGGAUAAACUAAUCGUAAGGAUUGCUGUUCGGGCGGUGCUUUAAGCAUUGGUUUUGAUUGGCAGAGGAGUUGGGGAUUGGCAGUGAUUUGGAUCCUUGUCCAGAGAAAAACGGUUCAUUUUGUUUAGUUUGUUUUUAUUAUUUUUUGAAUCAAUAUAAUCAUACGAGGCGGAAUAGAGGGUCGGGGAGUCAAAAUUUUCAACGAAUUGUUGCAACUAGGGGAGGCACGCAUUUUGCACUCAAAUAAGCUGUGGUUGUUUCCGUUGAGUUUUCCGGCGAAUGUCAAGUGAUACAGUUGGCAUUUCGGAUGAAGUUAUUUGUGAUUUGAAUUUGUCAGGUAACGUAAGUAUAUGUUCGGGUCAUGGUGGUAGUUUAUAGUACCUCCGGCGAAUAUUUUCCGUGAUACAACGGCUCCAAAAGGUUUUUGAGAGGUUUCAAGUAUGGCUUCGGCUUUGGCUGGUGACGAUCUAGUGAGAUCGUCGAGUAGCCGGAGAAGUUGGGGCUCAACGAGCUUUCGCGAGGUCUGGAGCGCUCCGCCGGAUGUUUUUAGUCGGAGCGGGAGGCAUGGAGAUGAUGAGGAGGAGCUGAAAUGGGCUGCUAUCGAGAGGCUCCCGACAUACGACCGUUUGAGGAGGGGAAUGCUGACGCAGGUCCUGGAUAAUGGAAGGGUUGUUCGAAAUGAGGUUGACAUUACCAAGCUCGGUGUUGACGACAAGAAGCUGUUAAUGGAUAGCAUCCUCAAGGUUGUUGAGGAUGAUAACGAGAAACUUCUUCUCAGGCUCAGGGAACGGACUGACAGGGUUGAGAUUGAGAUUCCAAAGAUUGAAGUUCGGUUUGAACAUUUAUCAGUAGAGGGGGAUGUGUAUGUGGGGACACGGGCUCUGCCGACUCUGUUCAAUUCUACACUUAAUAUGAUCGAGGGAGUUUUGGGACUUAUUUGGCUUUCUCCAUCUAAGAAAAGAGUUAUCAACAUACUCUGUGAUGUUAGUGGAAUAGUGAAACCAUCAAGGAUGACACUGCUUCUGGGACCUCCAGGCUCAGGGAAAACAACCUUAUUGCAAGCCCUUGCUGGGAAGCCUGAUAAGGACCUGAGGGUAACUGGGAAAAUCACCUACUGUGGUCAUGAAUUGACAGAAUUCGUCCCUCGGAGAACCUGCGCUUACAUAAGCCAGCAUGAUCUUCACUAUGGUGAGAUGACAGUCAGAGAGACAUUAGAUUUCUCAGGACGCUGCUUGGGUGUUGGAACCAGAUAUGAUCUGCUGGCAGAAUUGUCAAGACGAGAGAAACAAGCAGGAAUUAAACCAGAUCCUGAGAUUGAUGCAUUCAUGAAAGCCACUGCAAUGGCUGGUCAGGAAACAAGUCUUGUUACAGAUUAUGUUCUCAAGAUACUUGGAUUGGAUAUUUGUGCGGAUAUUCUUGUGGGUGAUGAAAUGAGAAGGGGUAUAUCUGGUGGACAAAAGAAGCGUGUGACUACUGGAGAGAUGUUGGUUGGACCAGCAAAAGCUCUCUUCAUGGAUGAGAUAUCAACUGGGCUCGAUAGCUCCACCACUUUUCAGAUUGUCAAGUUCAUGAGACAGAUGGUUCAUAUUAUGGAUGUAACCAUGGUUAUCUCUCUUCUGCAGCCUGCACCUGAGACAUAUGAACUUUUCGAUGAUAUUGUCCUACUUUCAGAGGGUCAGAUUGUCUACCAAGGUCCCCGGGAAAAUGUCCUUGAAUUCUUUGAAUCAAUGGGUUUCAAAUGCCCAGAAAGGAAAGGAGUUGCAGACUUUUUGCAAGAAGUUACUUCCAAGAAAGAUCAAGAACAAUACUGGUUUAGAAAGAAUCAACCUUACAGAUAUAUUUCAGUAUCAGAGUUUGCACAAUCCUUCAAUUCUUUCCAAAUUGGGCAACAGCUGUCAGAUGAUCUCAGUGUUCCUUAUGAUAAAACCAAGGCCCAUCCUGCUGCAUUGGUUACGGAUAAGUAUGGCAUUUCCAACUGGGAACUUUUUAAAGCAUGCUUCUCAAGGGAGUGGCUGUUGAUGAAACGCAAUUCUUUUAUAUACAUUUUUAAAACCACUCAGAUAACAAUCAUGUCCAUAAUUGCAUUCACUGUCUUCCUGAGGACAGAGAUGAAGCAUGGUCAAAUAGCAGAUGGGGGAAAAUUUUAUGGAGCAUUAUUUUUCAGUCUGAUUAAUGUGAUGUUCAAUGGAAUGGCAGAACUUGCAAUGACUGUUUUCAGGCUCCCUGUGUUCUUUAAACAGAGAGAUCACUUGUUCUACCCCGCAUGGGCUUUUGGGCUACCAAUAUGGGUCCUCAGGAUUCCCCUCUCUCUGAUGGAAUCAGGAAUAUGGAUCAUUCUUACAUAUUACACUAUUGGGUUUGCUCCUGCUGCCAGCAGGUUCUUCAGACAGUUCUUGGCAUUCUUUGGUGUACAUCAAAUGGCUCUGUCUCUCUUUCGGUUCAUUGCAGCAGUUGGAAGAACCCAAGUUGUUGCAAACACAUUAGGUACCUUUACCUUGUUAAUAGUGUUUGUGCUUGGAGGAUUCAUUGUCGCCAAAGAUGACAUUGAACCAUGGAUGAUUUGGGGCUAUUAUGUUUCUCCAAUGAUGUAUGGGCAGAAUGCAAUAGCCAUAAACGAAUUUCUUGAUAAUAGAUGGAGCACACCCAACAAUGACCCUUUAAUUCAAGAACCAACAGUUGGAAAGGCUCUUCUCAAGUCCAGAGGCAUGUUUGUGGAUGACUAUUGGUUCUGGAUUUGUAUUGGAGCACUUUUUGGGUUCUCUCUGCUAUUCAAUGUUUGUUUCAUUGCAGCACUAACAUUUUUGAAUCCUCUGGGGGAUUCCAAAGCCACAACUUUGGAAGAGGAUCCUGAAAAGAAGAGAAAGGAGAGCUCAUCCUUCAAUGGAAAACAAACAUUGAGGACUUCAAAUAUAAUAUCUGAAGGUAUUGACAUAGAAAUGAGGAAUGUUCCAGAGAGUGUUGCAGACCAUGCACCCAGAAAAGGAAUGGUGUUACCCUUCCAGCCCCUUUCACUUGCAUUCAAUCAUGUGAACUACUAUGUUGAUAUGCCUGCUGAAAUGAAGAACCAAGGAAUUGAAGAAAGCCGUCUCCAAUUGCUAAGAGAUGUUAGUGGUGCAUUCAGACCAGGUGUUCUGACAGCAUUAGUUGGUGUCAGCGGUGCUGGAAAGACCACCUUGAUGGAUGUGCUGGCAGGAAGGAAGACUGGUGGGUACAUUGAAGGAAGUGUCAGCGUCUCUGGUUACCCAAAGAAUCAAGCAACGUUUGCUCGGAUUAGUGGUUACUGUGAACAGAAUGAUAUUCAUUCACCACAUGUAACUGUUUAUGAAUCUCUUGUCUACUCAGCCUGGCUGCGUCUUACUUCAGAAGUAAAUAAGGAAACACGGAAGAUGUUUGUUGAGGAAGUCAUGGAGUUGGUUGAGCUUAACCCAUUGAGAUAUGCAUUAGUCGGCCUUCCAGGUGUAGAUGGUCUUUCAACAGAACAGAGAAAGAGGCUCACAAUUGCUGUAGAGUUGGUUGCUAAUCCAUCAAUUAUCUUCAUGGAUGAGCCAACAUCAGGCCUUGAUGCUAGAGCUGCAGCUAUUGUUAUGCGUACAGUUAGAAAUACAGUUGAUACAGGACGAACUGUUGUCUGUACUAUUCAUCAACCAAGCAUAGACAUCUUUGAAGCUUUUGAUGAGCUUCUGUUGAUGAAGAGAGGAGGACAAGUCAUUUAUGCCGGAACACUUGGUCGUCAUUCUCAUAAACUUAUUGAAUAUUUUGAAGCUGUCCCAGGGGUUCCCAAGAUCAAAGAUGGUUACAAUCCUGCAACAUGGAUGCUCGAAGUUACUACUACUUCAGUCGAGAAUCAAUUCGGUCUGGAUUUUGCGGAAGUUUAUGCCAACUCUUCCCUUUAUCAGAGGAACCAGGAACUCAUUAAAGAAUUAAGCACCCCAGCACCAGGUUCCAAGGAUCUUCAUUUCCCCACAAAAUACUCACAGUCCUUUGCUACUCAAUGUAAGGCAUGUUUCUGGAAACAGCACUGGUCUUACUGGAGGAACCCACAGUAUAAUGCCAUCCGAUUCUUCUUGACAAUAGUUAUUGGUGCUUUGUUUGGGAUCAUAUUUUGGAACAAAGGAGACAAGACGAGCAAACAGCAAGACCUGCUCAAUCUUCUGGGAGCUAUGUAUGCUGCUGUUCUAUUCCUUGGAGCCACCAAUACGUCAGCGGUUCAGUCUGUUGUGGCAAUUGAGAGAACAGUUUUUUAUCGUGAGAGAGCAGCAGGAAUGUACUCAGAAAUGCCUUACGCAUUUGCUCAGGUGGCUAUUGAGACAAUAUAUGUUGCAAUUCAGACCUUAAUUUACACCCUUCUCCUAUACUCUAUGAUUGGGUUCCAGUGGCAAGCGGACAAGUUCUUUUUGUUUUAUUACUUCAUAUUGAUGUGCUUCAUAUACUUUACAAUGUAUGGAAUGAUGUUGGUAGCACUGACCCCUGGCCACCAAAUUGCUGCCAUUGUUAUGUCCUUUUUCCUGAGCUUAUGGAACUUGUUCUCUGGUUUCCUCAUUCCUAGACCGCAAAUCCCAAUAUGGUGGAGGUGGUACUACUGGGCUUCUCCAGUUGCUUGGACACUCUACGGCCUUGUAGUCUCUCAGGUGGGCGACAAGGAUACUCCAAUUGAAGUUCCUGGACAGGGCACCACAACAGUGAAGUUGUUCCUUAAAUCUUACUUGGGCUUUGAGCAUGAUUUCCUUGGGCCCGUUGUUGUAGCCCAUAUCGGCUUCGUCUUGCUUUUCUUCUUCGUUUUCGCAUAUGGUAUAAAGUUCCUUAACUUCCAAAGGAGAUAACAAGAUUGUCCAAACGACGGAGGGUGUAUGAAUUUAAUAGAGAGGAAAAAAAAAGAUGGAGUUUUCUCUCUUUUUUUUGUUUUUCUUUAAUUUUUCCUUGUUUGUUUUUCAUUUUGGAUGUAUUCUUCUUCUUCUUCUUCUUUUGUUUAAAGUCCACAAAAGCCGCAAGGCAUGUAAUAACGAUAUUGUUUUAUGUAUGAAAUCCCUGAAUACAACCACAAUAUUUGUA